AUGUUACCAGACUGUCUUGGUCAAGAUUUACGACGACGACUUAUCUACGAUGGUGUACCACUUGAUCGAAUUCGUGGUUAUGAAUUAGAUCCAUUCUUCAUCGAACAAGGUUAUGAAUUGUUUCGCGAUGGUGAUUUGAUGAAAGCCAACAAGAUAUUUACUGUCGGUGACAUAUUUGACGAUCAAUUUUUGAAAACAAUCGAACCAGCAGACUAUCUCUACCCGAGUUCAUUCCUCCAUCUUUUCGAUGCCGAAACUCAAAAGGAUGUUUGUCGACUACUUUCUCGUUUAGUGAAACGAGCUAUUGCUGGUCGACAGGUUGGUGCUUUGGUACCUAUUGAAAAAUCAAUAUCGUCCCGAAUUUUAAGAGGUAAAAUGAUGCGACACUCACCAGAAAGUUUUGCACAGAUGUGGAAUGAGGCUACAGGUGGUUAA